UGACAAUUAUUUAUCAACAAACGGUCGCAAAGACAGGAGAGAAACUCGACAAAGCAGGACGAGCGAGUAUAAAGUCACGUAAUUUGAGAUCAAAUCAGAAAUUAUGGGAGAUGUUAUGAAAGAAAUACGUGAAAAAUCUAGAAAAAGAAAACUUUUAUUAGCACAAACUCUGGGUGUUUCUGGUGCUGACGAAUUGAGACAUGUCUUGGGAACCGGUGAAACCAGCACUGAAAAAACGACAAAUAGAGAAAACAAUCAAGAUAACGAAAAAUAUGACUACAAAAAGGAAUAUAUGGACGAACUUGUGUAUCAAGACUCUUCAAUGUUUUUAAAGGGUACACAGUCAUCAAAUCCUCACAACGAUUACUGCCAGCACUUUGUUGAUACAGGUCAGAGACCUCAGAAUUUCAUUCGUGACGUUGGUUUGGCUGAUCGUUUUGAAGAGUACCCAAAGCUGCGGGAGCUUAUUAAACUCAAAGAUGAGCUGAUUCAAGAAACUGCCACUCCACCUAUGUACUUAAAGUGUGACCUAACGACGUAUGAUUUGAAGGAUCUCAACACUAAAUUCGAUGUGAUACUUAUUGAACCUCCUUUGGAGGAGUACCAGAGGACUAUGGGAGCAACGAAUAUGCAGUUUUGGUCUUGGGACCAGAUUAUGAGUUUGGACGUGGGAGAGGUAGCAGCUCAGCGAAGUUUUGUGUUUUUAUGGUGUGGCAGUUCUGAGGGACUCGAUAUGGGUAGAAUUUGCUUGAGAAAAUGGGGUUUUAGGAGAUGCGAAGAUAUUUGUUGGAUCAGGACCAACAUAAAAAACCCAGGGCAUUCGAAGAAUCUUGACCCCAGAGCAGUUUUUCAAAGGACAAAGGAACAUUGUCUUAUGGGUAUAAAGGGUACGGUUCGUCGGUCAACAGACGGGGAUUUCAUUCACGCAAAUGUAGAUAUCGAUCUAAUAAUAUCAGAAGAAAAUGAGUAUGGCAGCCUGGAAAAACCUGUAGAGAUUUUUCAUAUCAUUGAACAUUUCUGUUUAGGAAGGCGCAGGCUCCAUAUCUUCGGCAAAGACAGCACGAUUCGUCCAGGUUGGCUCACUUUGGGCCCAGAGUUGACCAACUCCAAUUUCAACGUAGAUUUGUACUCCAGCUACUUCACCAAUAACACCUCUACCACCGGGUGUUCAGAGAGAAUCGAAGCACUUCGACCUAAAAGUCCACCUCCUAAAGUUAAGGGUAACACAGGAGGGAGAGGAAGGAGUAGCUUCCAGAGGGGUAGAGGCAGGGGGAGAUGAAUAUUCCUGCAGUUUUGGAUACAUAAAGUCUGAUUAUGUAAAUAAUUUUAACUGUUUGACAUGGAAUUUUAACAUCAUAGAUUUAAUAAAUCAUUUUAUUUAAAGCCA